AUGUCAGAAUUACAAAGUCUCAAAAAGGCAGAAUUAAGCAGUAUCUGUCGUAAAGUCGGGAUCCACGUCCUUGCUAAAGAUACUAAACAAAAAUUGUUCCAAAAGCUUUCAGCUUACAUUGAAGCCAACCCUGAAGAAGGUUUGAUUGCCGUGCAGAAUAGCUUGGACAUGGAAAGUGACGAGGAAACGUUAGCUGAGGCACAAGAUGCUAGUGAAGACGAAGAAACCGACGAGGUUGAAGAGGAAGAUGAAGAAGACACCGAAGAUGAAGACAAAGACUAUGAUGCAGGCCCACCAAUUAACUUGAAGGAGUGGAUUGGUGAUCCAGCAAUCGAGUUUUUCGAAGAAGGUUACUCGAAGGUAUUGGACUUCACAGACAGAAUUGGGGCUACCACCUUGGAUUACAAUGAUGAAUUAAGAGAAAACUUGUCGAGAUCUGUUUCUUUGAACUAUAUUGAACUUUUAAUUGAACUUGUUUACUUCUUGUUCACAUACAUUCCGCUUGUUGCUCUUAAACAAAACCACUCGGUGCACCAAAUUUUCAAAGACAACAUUAGCUGGUUGUCUGCUUGCAAUGUGUUGUUGCCAGAUAUUAGCGUUCUUUUCGAAUUCAAGGUUAUUUCAAUUUUUGGCAAUUGGAUUGUGAGUUCGAUUGUUUUACCGUUAGUUAUCUCCUACUAUGUUAACUUCACCAGAAGAUGUAUUAUUAUCGAUGAAGACGAUUCUGGUCUUAUUACCAGAGCUUACAAGUAUGAUCCAUUUGUUUUCGCCUUAUCAAAGGUGCUUAUUUUCUACUUUAUUGUUAAGAACUCUGGUACCUUGACUGCUCUUGAUUCUUUUGGUGGUAUUUUCAGUGCUUUGAAAAGACACUUCUUGAUCCAAUUGGGAGUUUACAACCAAUUUGCUGAUGUAUUAGGAAGCUUCCCAUUAGUCCUUGGUUUUGCCAAUGUCUUGACUGCUAUUUACUCUCAAUUUGAAGAAUAUUAA